GACACGCCCACAAACUGGACUUGACCACAGAAAAAGAGUGAAAGUGUGCCGUUGCAAGUGCACGUUCAAGGUUAACAGUAAAUUGUGAGACUUCUAAAAAGUGAAAAUGGCAGAAGCGGUGAACCUAACUGGCAGCGAUGUGUUCUUGGCCUUCACCACCUAUGCCACCAUUGUCAUCCUCAAAAUGAUGUUAAUGGCUCCCCUGACUGCAUACUAUCGUCUAAGUAAAAAGGUGUUCGCCAACAUGGAAGACACUUUUGGCUCUGCAGAGGAAAGAAAGAUGAUGAUUAGGGUGGAUCCAGAUGUUGAGAGAGUACGGAGAUGCCAUCUGAAUGAUCUGGAGAACAUAGUUCCUUUUGUAUUAGUUGGUCUGCUUUAUGCUCUGACUGGACCUGACCUCUCCACUGCUCUACUGCACUUCCGCCUGUUUGUGGGUUCACGCUUGGUGCACACAGUGGUGUAUGUGAUGGCACUACCACAGCCCAGCAGGGCUUUAGUUUUUAUUUUGGGUUUGGGUACUACUUUCUCCAUGGCAUUUCAUGUCCUUGCCAAGGUGUUUUACCUAUAAACAUUGGGUUUAAUGUGAAAUGAUAAAUGAAUAAACACUUGUGUAAAUGUGAAGCACUGAAUACUGAACUGGCAUCACCACUUAGGUACUCAGUACUACAUUCUAUUCUUACACUGGUAAACUAUAUGGUAAAGGUAAAAUCUUAUUGAUUCCUGUUGUCAUUUAAAGUGAAGUGUAAAAAUCCAGUACAUUCUGGAGGGUUUAAGUAAAUGAUGACAUUAAUUAAAAUGGUUUUAAACUAAA